AUGACGGUCGAUGAAAUGGACGACGACGACGACGACGCGGUGCCGCUCCUCGACCGACACAUGGCCUUUGACGUCGACAUGUGCGAAGUCGUGUACACGGACAAGCCCCUCGUGCUCGAACCGCCGCCGGCAGCGCCCGAGCUCCAGCGGGAUAUUUCCCGAACAGAAAUCGAGUCGAUGCUCGCCAAGCUCCUCUCCCAGUCGACCGACACGCUGCAUCAGUUUGUACUUUAA